UCAGAUGUCCACACCGAGGCCGUGCAGGCGGUGUUGGCGCGACACGUGGAGCGGAAGGUGGCGGUGCCCAUGCCCUCCAAAAGACGUUCACUGGUGGUGCAGACCUCCAUGGAUGCGUACACGCCUCCAGACUCGUCGUCGGGCUCGGAGGAGGAGGCGGGGCCGGGCGACGACAUGUCGGGCAUGGAGCACUGGAUGAGCCGCCCAUCCCAGUUGGGCCCCGCCCACCUGGGCUCCACCUCCUCCUCUUCCUCGUCAACGCAGAGCGGAGGCAGCGGCAACGCCGGGCGACUGGCCGACUCACUGGCCCACACGCACAUCUCGCACCUGGCGCACGCACACCUGGCGCACACGCACCUGGGCCAGUCGCUCCACCAGCAGAGCCUCCUGUCACAGUCACACCACGGAAUCGGCCACUUGUCCCUGAAGAGGAAGGGAGCUCUGAGCGUCGCAGAGAACGGAGGAUCUCUUCGGCGAUCCUGUGAGUUUGGCUCCGACAUGCUGUGGCCACCGCCGCUGGAGUCAGACGAGAAUCACUCUGCCCCCCCGGAUGUGACGGGCUACUCGUCGGACUCGUCUCACUCCCACACUGAGCGUCACCACAUGUCCAACAUGGGAACCAUUGCCAGGAACACGCAGAAGUACGGCAACGCAGAGCGCAUGGAGACAGGCGACGGCGUCCCGGUCAGCAGUCGUGUGUCGGCUAAGAUCCAGCAGCUGGUGAACACGCUGAAGCAGCCGCGCAGGCCUCCGCUACGAGAGUUCUUUGUCGACGACUUCGAUGAACUUCUAGAGGUCCAGCAGCCGGACCCCAAUCAGCCACGGCCGGAGGGGGCGGAGAUGAUGCUGGUGCGAGGCGAGGCGCUGGGGGUGGUCACUAACUGGCCCCCCUCCCUGGAGGCUGCGCUCCAACGCUGGGGAACCAUUUCCCCGAAAGCCCCCUGCCUCACCAGCCUGGACACGGCAGGGAAGCCCCUCUACGUUCUCACAUAUGGGAAGCUGUGGUCUCGCAGCAUCAAGCUUGCCUACAACAUCCUCCACAAACUGGGCAGCAAGCAGGAGCCCAUGGUGCGACCGGGGGAUCGGGUAGCGCUGGUGUUCCCUAACAACGACCCAGUAGCCUUCAUGGUGGCCUUCUACGGAUGUCUGCUGGCCGAGGUGGUCCCCGUCCCCAUCGAGGUGCCCCUGAGUCGCAAGGAUGCCGGCAGCCAGCAGAUUGGAUUCCUGUUGGGAAGCUGCGGCGUUACCGUGGCGCUGACCAGUGAUGCCUGCCACAAGGGUCUGCCCAAGAGUGCAACAGGAGAGAUCCCACAGUUCAAAGUUGUGUAUAAAACCUGUAAGGACGGCAGCGUGCUGGGAGUCACGGUGACGAGGAUCGCUCUGCUCACACACUGCCAGGCGCUCACGCAGUCCUGCAGCUACACGGAGGCGGAAACCAUAGUGAACGUUCUGGACUUUAAGAAGGACGUGGGCCUGUGGCACGGAAUCCUGACGAGUGUCAUGAACAUGAUGCACGUGAUCAGCGUGCCCUACUCGCUGAUGAAGGUCAAUCCUCUGUCGUGGAUCCAGAAAGUCUGCCAGUACAAAGCCAAGGUGGCCUGUGUGAAGUCCAGAGACAUGCACUGGGCUCUUGUGGCCCACAAGGACCAGAAGGACAUCAACCUGAGCUCGCUGCGCAUGCUGCUGGUGGCCGACGGAUCGAAUCCCUGGUCCAUCUCCUCCUGCGACGCCUUCCUCAACGUGUUUCAGACCAAAGGGCUGAGAGCCGACGUCAUCUGUCCCUGCGCCAGCUCCCCCGAGGCCCUCACUGUGGCCAUCAGGAGGCCGGUGGAGGACAGCAGCCAGCCUCCGGGCCGAGGUGUCCUGUCCAUGCAGGGUCUGACCUACGGGGUCGUCAGGGUCGACACGGAGGAACGCCUCUCUGUUCUCACCGUGCAGGACGUCGGCACCGUCACACCAGGAGGUCUGGUGUGCGUGGUGAGGCCAGAGGGCGUCCCUCAGCUCUGUCAGACGGACGAGAUCGGCGAACUCUGCGUUUGCUCCAUCGCCACCGGCACCUCCUACUACGGCCUGACUGGCAUGACCAAGAACACCUUCGAGGUUUACCCCGUGAGCUCAGGCGGGGGGCUGAUCAGCGAGUACGCCUUCGUGCGGACCGGCCUGCUGGGCUUCAUCGGCCCCGGCGGCCUCGUCUUCAUCACCGGCAAGAUGGACGGACUCAUCAUGGUGAGCGGGCGGAGGCACAACGCCGACGACAUCGUUGCCACGGCGCUGGCGGUGGAGCCAAUGAAAUUUGUCUACAGAGGACGGAUAGCCGUGUUCUCUGUGACGGUUUUGAGGGACGAGAGAAUCGUGGUCGUGGCCGAGCAGAGACCCGACUCCACAGAGGAGGACAGCUUCCAGUGGAUGAGCCGCGUCCUGCAGGCCAUAGACAGUAUCCACGGCGUGGGUGUGUUCUGCCUCGCUCUGGUCCCGGCCAACACGCUGCCCAAGACUCCUCUGGGCGGGAUCCACCUGUCAGAGAUCAAGCAGCUGUACCUGGAGGGGGGGCUGCACCCCUGCAACGUACUCAUGUGCCCCCACACCUGCGUCACCAACCUGCCCAAACCACGGCAGAAACAACCAGAGAUCGGACCUGCCUCUGUGAUGGUGGGAAAUCUGGUGUCAGGGAAGAGGAUCGCUCAGGCCAGCGGAAGAGACUUAGGACAAACUGACGACAACGAUCAG